CGAGGGAGGGGCCUCGGACGGGGGCGGAGCCCGGGCUGGAGGCGCCAGUGACCGGGAGCCCGGCUCAGGGGCCGAGCCGGAGCGGCCGGGGAGGAGUGGAGCGGAGAUCGGACGGGGAGCCCGAGCGCGGAGGGGCCGCGGAGCCGCGCGCAGGCCAAAGGGAAAACGAAACCAAAGGAUAUGAAAGGGAGAGACCCCCUGAGAGGAGAGAACCCCAGUGGUGUGUACCGCCCUUGGUACCUACUGAGGUGGGUCUUUCUUCAAAUCCUAAGCCUUCCAGAUUUCUGAGUAGUGUGUUAUCUCCAGACUCAAACAAGUGGGGAAAUUAAGGGGGACAAUGGAGAAAUGGGCAAGCAGACUAAGACUGCCUCUCGUGCUGCUCCUGCUCCUUCCCCAACUCAGCCUAGACCAGAAGGUGUCCCCUCGCCACUCACGACAAACGCGUCCUGAGGAAAAUAAAGUCCCUGAGGGCAUCUGGGGUUCCUGGGGUCCAUGGGCCCUUUGUUCCCAGUCCUGUGGGCUCGGGAUACAACGCCGGAGCCGAAGCUGCCAGUCGUCUACAUCUUUACUCCAGACUGGGUUGCCUCUACCACCCAGGCCACCUCGCCAUCCAGAGCCCUUGCCUGCUCGAUCCCGGAAUGUCAGGCCCCAACCCCCAAGGGAGACCCUCCCCCUCUACAAGCCAGAGCCAAGGGGAAGGAGUGGGCCUCUAGGAGGCCUCCCGUCCCAAGUAGGACAAGAGGAGGCUCGAGAGGGCUUAGCUUCAAGGAGGUCACGGGUUCGAGAUCCCAUUAAGCCAGGGAUGUUUGGCUAUGGGAGAGUUCCCUUCGCUCUGCCCCUACAUCGGAACCGGAGGCACCCACACAGACUGCCCAAAACUGAAUUCCCCAGUGAUGAGGCCUCUCCGCCUCUAUUUCCAUACACAGAGCUCCUCCAAGACUCUAAAACAGAGGAUUUCCAAUCUCUGACUGUCAAGAUGGAAUCACCUGUCAGCACUCAGCUCCCCCAAACCCAGAUCUCUUCUACAGGACUGCCCCCUGAGGAAAACCUUUAUAGCCCCCAGAGUCCUGGGACAGAAACUCCCUCUGAUGUUAAGUCUCUGGUCACACAGACACCCCUGAAGACAGCCAGCUCCAAAACAAAGUCUGCCCCGACCCCAGCUCCCAGAACAGGCAGUUCCCUUAAUCAGAUCCACCCACAGAAAGCACACCAUUCCCAACAAGUGGAACCGGAAUGGAGAAGAUCCCCCCAUCCUUCCUCCUCUGCCCCCCGGGGCCGAGGCCAAGGUCAUCAGAGAAGGAGAGAGCAGUGGGCACCCAGAAACCCCCGUCAACAGGUUGUUGAAACUCCCCCUCACCAUUCAGAGAGUUGGCUGCCUUUACAUAGCUCUGGCCCCAACUCAGGUCCCCUCUGGAGUCUCUUUGCCCCCAGUGCCUCUGCCCUGAAUUGCCCUGGAGAGAACGAACAACUGCGAGCCUGCAUCCAGAAGCCAUGUCCCCCUGAACAGCCGGAUCCACGGGCCCUACAGUGUGCCGCCUUUGAUCCUCAGGAAUUUAUGGGCCGGCUCUACCAGUGGGAACCCUUCACAGAGGUCCAGGGUUCCCAACGCUGUGAGCUGAACUGCCGACCCCGUGGCUUCCGAUUCUAUGUUCGUCACACAGAGAAGGUCCAAGAUGGCACUCCCUGCCAGCCCGGAGCCCCAGACAUCUGUGUGGCUGGACAGUGCCUGAGCCCUGGCUGUGACGGCAUCCUUGGCUCUGGCAGACGCCCAGAUGGAUGUGGUGUCUGUGGGGGAGAUAAUUCCACUUGCCGCUUUGUUUCGGGGAACUUCACUGAUCGAGGGGGUCUUCUGGGCUAUCAUAAGAUCCUGCUAAUCCCAGCCGGGGCCUCUCAGUUACAAAUUGCUCAGUUUCGACCCAGCUCCAACUACCUUGCACUUCGUGGUCCUGGGGGCAAGUCCAUCAUUAAUGGGAACUGGGCUGUUGACCCCCCUGGGACCUAUACUGCUGGGGGCACUGUCUUCCAGUAUACUCGGCCCCCCAGGGAGGAAGGGACAGGAGAGAGUCUCACAGCUGAAGGGCCCACCACACAGCCUGUGGAUGUCUACAUGAUCUUUCAAGAGGAAAACUCUGGUGUCUCCUACCAAUACCUCAUCUCUUCACCUUCUCCAAAUCUUGGAGACCCUACUCAAGAACCUCCUAUUGCCCAACACCAGUCUGGUGAGGGCAUGAAGCCCUGGGGAGAAGAAAGAAAUAGAAGGGGGCAGAGGCAGAGGGGAGAGAUUUUAGGGCAGCCAGUAGAGCGGCCAGAUCAUAAUGCGCCUACUCAGUUUCCCCCAGAGGGUCUAAAACUGGAGCCCCCAGCACCUCCCCGAUUAGCUCGGACCCCAGGAACUCUGCAGCGUCAGGUACGGAUUCCCCCUCAGCCUGCCCCACCCCAUCCCAGGCCUCCCCUGGCAUCCUCAGCGGGAUAUUGGAAACGAAUGGGAUAUUCCGAGUGCUCAGCAUCCUGUGGAAAAGGGGUCUGGCGCCCACUUUUCCACUGUGUGUCCCGAGAUUCUGGAGAGGAAAUGGAUGAAGAAAGCUGUGCCCUAGGUGCCCGGCCACCCACGCCACCAGAGCCGUGUCAUGGUCCUCCAUGCCCCCCGUACUGGGAGGCAGGUGAAUGGACCUCCUGCAGCCGUUCCUGUGGCCCAGGCACUCAGCACCGCCAGCUCCGGUGUCGGCAGGAGUUUGGUGGGGGCGGCUCGUCCGUGCCCCUGGAGCGGUGCAGUCAUCUCCCUCGGCCCAAUGUCACCCAGACUUGCCAGCUGAGGCUCUGUGGCCACUGGGAAGUCCGUUCUGCCUGGAGCCAGUGCUCUGUUCGAUGUGGUCGAGGCCAGCGGAGCCGGCAAGUGAGAUGUGUGGGUAACCAUGGGGAUGAAGUAAGUGAACGGGAGUGCACGUCUGGGCCUCCGAGACCCCCCAGCAGAGAGGCUUGCAACAUGGGGCCCUGCACCAUCUCCUGGUUCCACAGUGACUGGAGCUCCAAGUGCUCAGCUGAGUGUGGGACAGGAAUCCAGCGGCGCUCUGUGCUCUGCUUGGGGAGUGGAGAGUCCCAAGGCACUGGCGAAGAAGGGCUAGGGGGCAAAGGGAAGAGCUGCCCCCCAGGGAGCCGUCCCCCUGAUAUGCGGGCCUGCAGCUUGGGGCCCUGUGAGCCAACCUGGCAGUGGUACGCAGGGCCCUGGGGUGAGUGUUCUGCAGAGUGUGGCCCUGGGACACAGCGCAGAGAUGUGAUCUGUGUGACUAAACUGGGAACUGAAUUCAAUGUCACUUCUCCUGGUAACUGCACCCAUUGGCCCAAGCCACCUACCCUGCAACCUUGCAAAGGGGAUGGCUGCCAAGACCGAUGGUUCUCCACCCCCUGGAGUACAUGUUCAAGGACUUGUCUGGGGGGUGUCCAGAUGAGGGAAGUCCAGUGUCUGACUGCCAACCAGACUCUCGGUACUCGAUGCCCUUCUAACCUUCGGCCUUCCAGGAAAAGACCGUGUAACAAUCAGCCCUGUACCCAGCACCCAGAUGAUCAUUGCCAAGACAACUCCCCACACUGCCCCCUCGUGGUCCAGGCUCGCCUCUGUGUCUACCCCUACUACACAGCCACUUGCUGCCGUUCCUGUGCCCACAUCCAAGACAGGGCACCCCCAGAACCUGCCUGAGAUGGGACUGGAGUGACCCUUACAGUUAUCCCCCCCAGCACCAGCCGCCCCAUGGACUCUGUCCCCUUCCUGCCCUUGACCUGCCUCAUGGGACACUCAGAGAAAUACCAGCACCUUCUAUAUUUAUCCCGGGAGGAGUCUGGGGAGCCAAGAGUUGACAGGUUGUGGGGAGAUGGCUGUGACAAUGUGUGAGGUGGUGUCCAUGUACCUGUGUGAUUGUGUGUGUAUAUAUGUUAUUCGUGUCUGUGUCCCUGGGUGCUGCUGCUGGUGGGACCGUAACUUCUGCAAACUGGUGCUCUGGCCACGACAGAUGGAUAGAUGAAGUGCCCUUUUCCCUGAACCGCUUCCGACUGGGCGGAACCAAGACAAAAGCUCAUUGCGGCCCUUUGAAGGUCCCUCCAGCAGCCCUGCUCCCCAAACCAAGCUUACCUUGCCAUGGUACGCUUUUCCAUGCCCUGAAUCAUACCUUUAGCCCUCCGCCUUCACCCCCAGCACCCAUUCCCUCCACUCCCUCUGUGCCCUUUAUUUCCUGGGCACAAGUGAACCUCAGUACUCUGCCUUCCACCACCUUCAUCCCCCUACCAUCCCUAAGAAGGGACCAGUUUAGCCCGGUUUGUAAAGACAUGGAAGAGGGAAGUGUGUGCUGCAUAUUAGAAUGCACUAACCCCUGGGCCCCCGCCCCUACCCUAGGAUGGUUCCCACCCUAGAACUAAUUUAUUUUUUAUUAAAGACGACUGUGAUAAAUAUGAAA